AUGGCUCACUUUGCGCAGGUCAUGGCUGAAGUGGGUGACUUUGGUCGCUUCCAGGCACAGGUGACCAUUCUGAUGGGCAUCCCCAAUUUCCUGUCUGCCUUCUUCUUGUUUAGUCAGGUCUUCAUGGUCCUCGAUGAGGCUCACCACUGCUCAGUGCCCUGGGUCAAGAACCACACUCUCAACCUAAGUGCUGCUGAGCAGCUGGCAGUAAGCAUACCCAACGACCCAGCGGGCAGACCUGAGUCCUGCCUCAUGUUCCGGCCACCUCCUGACAAUGCCAGCCUGGAAGACAUCCUCAGCCACCGCUUCAAUGAGACACAGGCCUGCGACUCAGGCUGGGAGUAUCCUGAGAACAGGCCUCCGUCCCUAAAGAAUGAGUUUGACCUGGUAUGCAGCCGGAAGUACCUGAAAAGGACUUUACAGUCAGUAGUCAUGGCUGGCCUCCUCGUUGGGGCCCUCAUCUUUGGGCCCCUCUGUGACUGGAUUGGCCGCAGACCUUCCCUCCUGUUGCAGCUGCUUCUGUCUGCCAUCACGGGCAUGGCCGCAGCCUGUGUGUCCAGCUUUGAGCUUUAUAUGAUCCUAAGCUUUGGCUUGGCUACCGCUGUGGCUGGAUUUUUACUCAGCACCAAUGUCCUCCUUUCAGAAUGGGUGGGGCCGUCCUGGAGAACACGAGCCAUGGUCCUGUCCCAGAGCAACAUUGCCAUUGGACUGAUGGUGCUAGCAGGCCUGGCCUAUGGUGUCCGCAACUGGAGACUGCUUCAGAUAAUCGGCACGGCACCAGUCUUCCUGCUUGUCUCCUACUUCUGCGUUUUGCCAGAAUCUCCACGGUGGCUCCUCUCCAAAGGAAGGAUAGAGGAGGCCAAACAACUGAUCCAGAAGGCAGCCUUGGUGAACAGGCGGUCCCUUUCUCCAGAACUCCUGAGCCAGCUGAUCCCUGAGAAGACAGGUCCCUCGGGAAAUGCGCUGGAUCUUUUCAGACACCCCUAUCUCAGGAAGGUGACGCUGAUUCUCAUUGCUGUCUGGUUUGUAGACAGCCUGGUGUACUAUUGCUUUAGCUUCCAAGUGGGGGACUUUGGCCUGGACAUCUACCUGACACAGCUGAUAUUUGGAGUAGUGGAGAUGCCAGCCCGUUUUUCCAGCAUCCCCAUAAUGGAGAAGCUGGGUCGCAAGUGGAGCCUGUUAGGUUCCCUGACUCUGGCUGGUACUAUGUGCAUCAUCAUCAUCUUCAUCCCAGCAGGUCUCCCCACGGUGGUCACUGUGCUGGCUGUGGUGGGGAAGUCAGCCUCAUCUUCUGCCUUCACCAUAUCCUAUGUGUAUACUGCUGAGCUCUACCCCACCAUCAUCAGGCAAACAGGCAUGGGGCUGGUGAGCAUCUUCUCCAGGAUUGCCGGCAUCAUCACACCGCUCGUGAUGCUGCUGGAGCAGUACCACAGGGCAGUCCCCAUGAUCAUCUUUGGCAGCUUCCCCAUCGUGGCAGGCCUACUGUGUGCUCUGUUGCCUGAGACGCGGGGCCAGACCCUGAAGGACACCAUCCAGGACCUGGAGAAGGGGCGCCCUCCACGGACCCACAACACAGCACCCCAGAGGAAAAAAAUGGAAGCCACAGGAAGGACUUCCAGCAUGAGGAAGGCCAUUGUGAAUAGUUCGUACUUCUGACUGUGGCCACUGAGAGCCAGCCCACCAAAAACAGAGGACUUCCCAUGACAUCUUCUGGAUUUUUGUCAGGAUCCACAGGGACGCAGGGACCAGAUAGCCUUUUUCACGUAGGCAACACAGCAUGACCUGUUCACGGCCCCAGCUUUGUGCUACAGAGCCCAAUGCAAGCAUCAAGGCCUGGACCCCUUCCUCUUCACAGCUCGCAGACACAAACUACACCCCAGUACCGUGACUGAGUUGGGUCGGGUCUCUCUUGGUCUUUCCUGACCAGCUCUGAAGUUAUGGCCUCACUGUGCCCUCAGCUUGGAAUACUCCACCUCCUCAAACAGAACAGAAGCCAACAGCCCCAUCCUAAAUAAAGCAGCUCAAACCCAGAACAGGGAGCCAGGAAGGGCCAGCUGCAGGAGCAGGCUAACAAAAAUGCUAUGCCGUAUUUACUUUGAGGAUCCCUUCUUCCUUGCCUGUGGUCAGCUUGUGCCUCGCAUUUGUGAGGCUGGCAAAGAAAUGGUACCUUGCCCCCACCUGCUGUACCAUGAUGCCCAGUAGGUAAGGAAGAGGGCAGAGCUCCUUCUGUUUAAAUGCUGUUGGUUGUUUCUUCCCAGCGUGUCCUGGCUCAUCGGCAGUCUGCAUUUGAUGGCUUCUAAGAACUGGCUCUGCUGCUGGGCACAUUCUGGGGCCAUUUAGAGGUUCUCUGUGUUGUUGGCUAGCAGAAACA